UAUAGUUGACAACUAAUCGCUUAAUCGUUGCAGCUCUAAAGUAGAUUUCUUUUUAUUCUCAUGUCACACCUCAAAGUUCUGCUCUUCUGUCACAUUGUAGUUGUUCUUUUUUAGUAAUCACUUUAACAGACCAGCAGAGGGCAAUGUUGUUCUUUACUUCCUCUCUCCAGGUUUCCAUGAUAUCAAUUCAAAUUAGGACUAUCUUUAAAAUCUUAGAUUAAAUCCAUCUUUUUAUUUAUUUUCAUCCACUUUUGCAGACUGCAGCAAGAAACGUCUCGACUCACUAAACUGUAAUCAGUACUAUUUAGUUGCAUCACUUACAAACUUUGUGUAUGGAUUUCUCAAACAUUAGGGUCACAUAGUCCCACUGCAUAUGGAUUGUCUCCAGUAAACCACAUGGAAAAAGUCAAGUUGCUGAUUUAAUAAUGAAUCGAGUACAACAUGCUGAAUGUGGUGGAAAAAGUAUUCACAUCUUUUAGUUCAGUAAAAGUAGAAAUACAACAAAUGGAAUGACAUAAAAUUCCUGUUUUCAAAUCUACCAAUGGAUUCCUUAGGGUUUCUAGUUUCGUAUGAUACCUCUCUGUAGGCGGGCCGUAUCCUGGGCGCAUGGCCAAAAUGAGUGAGACACCUGAGGGCGGAUCCGCACCUGAGUCGACAAGGUCCAAGCUUCUGACAAACAUCGAAAUAUUUGCUAGUCAGCUGACUGUAGCUCUCACUCUCUCUUACUAAUCAAAACAAGAUGAAGUUAAUUGUGUUGCUCAACUUGCUAAUCUUCUGUCACGUUGCAUCUACAGUGAAACACUCCCUGAAAAUGUUCUCUACUGCAACUUCUGGAGUCCCAAACUUCCCAGAGUUGGUGGGUGCUGCGAUGGUCGAUGAAGUGUUGACGGGUUACUGUGACAUCAACAACAAGGCCGCAGAACCCAAACAGGACUGGGUGAGGAAACUAUUAAAGGAUGAGCCACAAAUCCUGGUGUUGUUUUCUCAGGAGUGUUUUGAUACCCAGCAGUUCUUCAGAGCCAACUUGGACAGCCUGAAGCAGCGCUUAAACCAAACUGGAGAUGUCCACAUUUUUCAGAGGAUAAUCGGCUGUGAGUGGGACGACGAGACUGUAGAGGUUGUUGGUUUUAGCCAGUACGGUUAUGAUGGAGAAGACUUCCUUGUAUUAGACCUGCAGACGCUGACAUGGACCGCUCCAAAACAACAGGCCUUCAUCACCAAACUUAGAUGGGAUAAUGACAAAGCUAGAUUAGAAAAUAUCAAACACUACCUCAUCCACAUAUGUCCUGACUUCCUGAAAAAGCACCUACACUAUGGGAGGAGCUCUCUGCAGAGAACAGAGCGUCCCUCAGUAUCUCUCCUCCAGAAGACUCCCUCCUCUCCAGUCAGCUGCCACGCUACAGGUUUCUACCCCGACAGAGCCAUGAUGUUCUGGAGGAAAGAUGGAGAGGAGAUUCAUGAGGACGUGGACCUCGGAAAGAUCCUCCCCAACCAUGAUGGAUCCUUCCAGAUGAGUGUUGAGCUGAACCUGUCAUCAGUCACACCUGAAGACUGGAGGAGGUACGACUGUGUGUUUCAUCUCUCUGGUGUGGUGGACGACAUCGUCACCAGACUGGACAAAGCAGUGAUCAGGACCAACUGGGUUCCUCCUGCAGGGUUCCCUGCUGGUCCUGUUAUUGGAGUUGUUGUAGGACUACUGCUGCUGCUGCUGCUGGCGGUCUGCAUCGCUGGACUCUUCAUCUGGAGGAGGAACAAUAACGGGUUUCGCCCUGCUAACAGUAAGUAUUAUACUGUGAAAUAUUUCACAUUAUAUACAAUUAUAUAUAUUUUAAUAUAUAUUUUUACCCUUAUGGGUGAGCAACUAAUAUCCUGUUCACCAUAAAAACAAACGUCCUGC